GGUGCAGGAGGGCUUCCACGGUGGUGCUUGGAGUGAACUCUCACAAAUAUGAUAUAGCACCAGCAUUAGACACAAACGUCAAUUAGAAUCCGGAAGGUUUGUCUACCACUGAUUGGAACAUUGGGAUGUCCGAUCGUCCACAGAUGACAUGAACGCACCACUGGGCAGUGACAGAAGGGGUUGAAAAAGGUGUUCAGAAGGGAGGAAGGCAUUUUGCCACUGGAGCCGACCGGCUGGUAGGUCACCUUCAGUUACGUCUCAUGAACGUUAACGUGUCAUCGAUGCUACAGGUGCAAACACGGCCGCGUCCUUCAUGACGUCAGUCUUUUUGGCGAUUGAAGCAUCAUUUGCUCCAUUUUUGGAUCCUCUAAAGCAGAAAAGCUCAGAAGAUAUUCAGUCAUGAUCAGCAAUCACAACACUGUGUUGUCCUCCCACCAUCUCCAUGAUGGCCCCGCCUACCUCCUCCCAAAGAUCAACAAGUACAAGUGUGGAGACUUGCCUACCCGACCCACGGUUGCAGUUCUAGGAUCAGGGGAUUUCUCAAAGUGUCUGACUAUUCGUCUACUGCGCUGCGGUUUCCACGUAGUGGUUGGCAGUCGGCAUCCAAAUCAAGCAGCCCAAGUCUUCCCCCAUGUGGUGGACGUGACACAUCAUGAGGACGCAGUGGGCAAGGCCAGCAUAGUCUUCUUAGCCAUCCAUCGAGAGCACUACGCUAUUUUGUUGGACCUCAAGCACUUACUAGAAGGAAAGAUUUUGGUGGAUGUAAGUAACAACAGGAGGCUGAAACAGUAUCCAGAGUCCAAUGCUGAGUACUUGUCCGUACUGCUGCCACACUCCACUGUGGUCAAAGCAUUCAACGUCAUAUCAUCCUGGGCCAUGCUGCAGACGUCCCCCAAGGAUGCCAGCACACAGGUGUUUGUGUGCAGUGACUCGGUGGAGGCUCGUCAUCAGAUCAUGGAGCUAGCCCGCCAGCUAAAUUUCCAGCCGCUAGAUAUGGGUACACUAUCUUCAUCUCAGGACAUUGAAAAUAUGCCCUUACGGUUGUUUCCUGGCUGGAAAGGUCCAGUUCUCGCAGCUGUCACCCUGUCUAUCUUCUUCUUUGCCUAUUCCUUCAUAAGAGAUAUUAUCCACCCUUAUCUCAAAUACAAACAGAGUGACUUCUACAAGAUCCCCAUUGAAAUGGUCAACCGCACGCUGCCGACUGUGGCAAUCACUCUUUUGGCACUGGUGUACCUGGCAGGCCAGAUAGCUGCUGCCCACCAACUGUACUAUGGCACAAAGUACAGGCACCUUCCACACUGGUUGGAGGGAUGGCUGCAAUGCCGCAAACAGUUAGGCCUUCUAAGUUUUUUCUUAGCUUCUAUCCAUGUUCUCUACAGUGUCUGUUUGCCCAUGAGACGGUCUGAGAGGUACCUGCUGCUCAACACUGCUUUUCAACAGGUCCAUUCUAAUGUGGAGAAUUCCUGGAAUGAAGAGGAGGUUUGGAGAGUGGAGAUGUAUGUUUCCUUUGGGAUAAUGAGUCUUGGGCUCAUGUCACUGCUGGCCAUUACUUCCAUCCCUUCUGUUCACAACACACUCAACUGGAGGGAGUUUGGCUUCAUACAGUCCACGCUGGGUUACAUCGCUCUGCUGAUUGCAACAUUCCACGGCUUCCUGUUUGGCUGGAAGCGAGCCUUUGAAGAGGAUGCUUACCGCUUUUACAUGCCCCCCAGCUUUGUGGUGGCAUUGGCACUUCCGUCGUGUGUCAUCGGGGGGAAGGUGCUUAUGCUACUUCCAUGUGUGGCCCACAAGCUCUACCGGAUCCGGCGUGGUUUGGAUCAAAGUCAGCAUCAGGGCAAAAGUCUCGAGCCAUUCGGCUCAGCCGUCAACAUUUCACCAGAACAAGUGACAAUCAUGUAAUCAGUACGGGUUCAAUGGCAUGCCAUCAUCACAGUUUGGUGUGUACCAUUAGUUUUAAGGUAACAUUUUGGUUACAGUAAGAAAACAAAAUGCUGGCAUAAAACUGCUUAGCUUUUGUGUAAACAAAUUGAAUGAUUUUGGUAAUGGCACAAUUUAUUUUGAACAAGUUACAUUGGAAUACAUCACAUAGUACAAUUCAGUUCCACAUGUCUAAAAAGGAGUAGGAAAAAGCAAAGCUUGAUCAUAUCCUCUCUCUGUUUCACAUCAAUUACAUUUGUUCACUGCCUUUAUUCCAAAUGUACUCUUUGCCAUUUCAAAAUACAUAGUGAAAUGAUAAUACAGUAUAACAAUGUGGCACAAGAGGAGUCAAGGUAUAUGACUGCAAACAUGUAACAGUCAUAAAAUAUAUAACUGAGGAAAAUAGGUGAUAGAAACAUGGGUGGAUGAUGAGUACAAUGUACUCAAGGGAGUGAAGAGUUAGUAAGUGCGAAAGUGGUUAGACAUAGCUUGUAUGUACACAUUUUUAAAGUGAAACUUCAAAAACUGCAAAGAGCUGGCAGUUUUUGUUUUGUACUAGCAAGUAAUUCCGCAAUAAAUACAGUUCUCAAAUAACAAAAUUUCUAUGCCGCUUAUCCCCAUUAGGGUCGCGGGGGUAUGCUGGAGCCUAUCCCAGCUGACAAUAUAAUAGUUUACAAGGUUUGUUUUUAGUAAAGUAGAAGGAUGCAGACAAAUGUAACAGUAAAGGUUUGAAGAAUGUGAAUGAUUAAUUUGUUGUAAAGCUUCUUAUUGGUUGAACUUGUAGUCCCGCCCACUUCCCUACUGAACAAUGGCGGCACACUGCUUUCAUCGUAGCCACUCGUCUUUGUUCAGUUACAUCUUUCACCUGGGGGGGAAAGAUGCCUGCCUGCCCCUGUGGGCCUGGUGGCCUUCUGGCGGCGGGGGCUCGGCCUGGCUAUUUGGGGCGGGGCUCUCUGGGAGGUGGAAGACGGCCCCUUUCCUUUCAUGCAUUCUCAGUGACAAUUACACGCCCACACAUUCUUGCACCUUUAUAUUUAUGAAGUCUUCCCCACAUACAGAGAUACCUGUACAUAUGCACACUCACAGUACAUACGUACUUCCCCACAUUACUUACUGAGUUAACCAGGGUGUUAUUAUGUUGUUGGUUUUAUUACAGCCAAGGUGAUAUCAGCAGUAUGAUUAUAGUUUUUUUUUUUUACAAUGAUGUGCAUUACAGUAAUUAUCAUUCUGUUCACUAUCAUGGAUAAUCAUUUCAUUACUACAAUUAUGUGUGACUGUUUCAAUGCGGUAUUGUCAUUGUGAUCACUAUCAUAGUUCAUCAUUUCAUGACUGCUAUUAUGUGUGACUGUUUCAAUGCAGUAUCAGUAUCGGUUUCCUUUCCUCUUCUUCUCUGUCCCCUCCUGCUCCGGUCCGGUCGCUCCAAAUUUGCUUUAUAACAGGCAUCAAAGUCUAUUAAAUUUUGUAUAACAGGGGAAGUGUAUAUCACACUUCUCCCUGGCAGAGUAAAUCUGUUGAGCACUUGACGGCAUUUAGAUCUACAAUUCUAUCUGCUUUAAAGGCUGGACAGGACAGGGGGAAAAAAAAAAAAAAAAAAAACUUUCACCUGCAAGGCCAAGUGUUUCCAAUCACAUUGAAGAGGCUUGUCAAACUCCGGCUUCUCCCGCUAGCAAAGAUGACUGCACUGGAUUGAUUUACUGAGUGGACAUGUGACGCCAUAAGCACUUCACUGUACAUGACGGUACUGUACCAAGUGUACCAUACGAAACAUCUGCAUACGAAUACAAGUACUUACUGUACUGUCACACAACUAGUAAUCUGUACAGCUGAACACAUUCUGCCCUGCCACAGAUGUUCUAUGAAGCUUGAUUUCAUUGGUCUUAUUACACCAUUUUUGUAUGCAUUUUUUUCAGAUGCUAACUGUGUAUUUGUGGACUUGAACGGUGACCACGUAUUAUGUAAUAGUCACAACUUUUAAAAACUUUCCAAUAUUUUUCACCUUUUCUGAGGUGCAAAUUGUAAAUGCAGUACAUUUUUCCAACAAUUCUUCUCAUUUGUCCUGUCCUGAUCAGUAGUAUACACUGUGUGUGUGUAUAUGUAUUAAUUACUGUAUACUUGUUACUUGGAGGCUUGUAGUAGUCGAGCAAUGUAGUAGUGAAAAGUAAUAAUGGAAUGUAUUUGGAGGCAAUGACAACAGGAUUCUAUCGACAGCAGUGUUUCCUCUAGCUUUACAGCUAACACUAACAUUCACGCGCAAAGUGUCGCUGACUCAUGUAAUCGCGCCUCCACACUUAUUUUGGGGCACAUACAUUCACAGCGUGCGUGUGUCUGCACACUAGUUUUAUUUUUGUAUUCUGUAUGUGUGUAUUUACAUUUCAAUGGCGGCAGUGGCUCAGGAGGGAGCGCAGGUCGUCCAGAAAUUGGAAGGCUGGCAAUUCGAUCUUCGCUCCCACCACGCUGUCACUUCACCUACCUUGCCUCCAGUGCUGCCCACACGGUUGUAUGAAUAUUUGGUAGUGGUCAGAGACGCCUUCGGGUUAGGUUUGUUCAAAAGAAACGUCAGCAAAAUACGAACGGUGUCAUUUAAUGAAAGUCAAAUGUCAUAACAACUUAUUACUUACAUUCACAAAAUAUUAAAAGCGUCAAAUGGUUCUAACCCCCCCCCUACUUGCAGUAGCACCACAGUAUCACCAUGUGCUGACGAAACUUGGUAAAAGUGGGACAAUAACGACACAAAGUUUCACAAUCAUCCACAAAGGCAGGGCGUGUGUAAAUAGUGUGAGGAUGUUCCUCUCAAAGCCUUUGAAGCUUCUGGUACCUGUUGUAUAAGAAAUGAUGAACGCGACAUGCCC